GCAACUUUGCAAGGUACAAGGUACAAUAUCAAGUGAUCAAAACUUUUUAUUUUGACAUGUCCGUCACAACAUAACCUCACGUAAACAAAAAUCUGGAUCAUUGUACACAAUGAUCUGGAUUUAGGUAUUGUACAUUAAUUGCCGCUUAGAAGUGUGAAAUUACCUAAAAACCACAAAUUAAUAAUAAAAUGGCUGAAAAACCUAAGACAAGUGGCGGCAAUGAUGCCAAAGAAAAGCGCCGUAAGGAAUCUAUCCUGGAUCUUUCCAAAUAUUUAGAAAAACAAAUUCGAGUCAAAUUUGCGGGAGGUCGCGAAGCUUCCGGCAUUCUUAAGGGUUAUGAUGCCCUAUUAAACUUAGUGCUA